AUGGAAGAAGACAAAAGAGAAGAAGAAAGAGAGCAGAUAACCCCCGAAGAAUCUUCUGACAAAGUCUCUACGGAAGAGCAUCAAGAAACAAGCGAGCGCUCAGAAAAUGAAGAAGUCAAAUACUCUGAUGAAAACCUGUCAGAGGACAAAGAUGUGCAAACUGACAGAGUAAGCGAUGCUAGAGAGGACGAGAUAACUUCACCGGGAGAGGAAACCGAGGGGCAAAGUGCAGGAAAUAAUGCAGAGUAUAUUCAGUCUAGCAACGACACAGAAACAAGAGACCAUUUAGAUUCCUUUGAUAAGGAAGAGUUCCAAUACUCAGAUGAAAGAACAGCAAAAACAGAAGAAACUAAUAGGAACGAAAGCCCAUCAAGCUAUUACUCUGACACAGAAAAGCAAGAUACAGAGGAGGAAGCAGCCAGAAACAGUCCCGAAGAAAAGUAUUCUGACAAAACCGAGGUGUCAAACAGCGAAGAUGAUAUUAUUGAGUAUAAAGAAACAACACUCCCAACCAAGUCAGAAAUAAAUUCAAAGCGGCAUUUAUCGCAGGACGACCAUCCAGCAAAAAUAACAAAAACUGAUAGUACGCCAGAAAUAAACAAAGCCAACUUCAAUCAAGAAGAGAAUAUAGCUAUUUUAGAAGAAAUUGACAAAAGCAGCAUUCAAAAAACUGAAAUGAGUAAUAAGGGAUGGAAGUACAACAAUCGGCCAUUGUUGUGGAAGCCUACAAUAGAAGCAUAUGAGGAUGAUGUGGGCGUGAUAGAUGAAGAGGCUAUCAUACACAAAUUCCGGGCACAUAUAGAGUAUCCAAGCAUGUAUAAUGUAAGAAAGAUAACAGCAGAUCCAUAUUAUACAAAAAUAAGUGCUAGGAACAAGAAACCGCUUUCAAGGCAUGCAUUGUUAAAAGUUAAAGAAAGACUAGAAAACAACAAAAUAUUAGAGGUGCAAAGGUCUCUAAGAAGAAGAACUUUAGAAGAGAAAAAUAUGUUAAACAAAACAAGAAAUCUUCAUGUAAAGUUAAAGCAAAUGGGGCAUAAAACCGAAGCAUCAAAUAUUUUUGCUCUUCUAACACAGGAGUAUAUAUUCCAGAAGAAAGACAUAGUACAGAGCAUGGAAAACACAAUUAAUACCCUGUCAUAUAUAAACAAUCGAUUGGUAGAGAACGAGCAGUACCUUUUAAAAUGCCUGGAUUUUGUCAAUCAAAAAGUAACAAUUGAGUAACAACAUGCUAAAUACUGUAAACGUGCGAAUUAUUUUCAGAUGUGGAGCAAAUCUCUGGUGCUAUGAAAUCUUAGCUAUCUUAAGUACUUUGUCCAUGUAAAUCUAAGAAUAAAACGAAUAAUGCA